AUGGCUCACUCUGGCAAUGGCCUGAAUAUUGUUAACUCGCUGAGCGAGCUGCGCCAUGCACAGUCCCAGCUAGCCAGUGCUGUCGACUCGCUCACAGCAGCCAUUGGCGUGCAGCAACAGCCUGAUUCAACUGUAUCGUCAACAGUACUCCAGCGAGACCCAACCAGCGCUGGCCAGAAUGACCCGAGCGAGACAGGACCAGAGCUGCAGAAUUUAUCGUCACCGUCUCCAAAGUCGGGCUUCACAUCCCGUAUCGUGCUCACUACGUAUCCGAAGCAGAUCGUUGCUGUUUCUCGACUUCCAAGUACUAUACGCCGGAGAAAUGCUGUGGGAGGCAAUGGUGGCUCCUACUCAGUAUACUACGCACUGGCGGUCGCCAGCAAAGAGCUCAACACGGACCACAGACCCGACUUCACCAACACCGAACCCGCCGCGAAGAUCGGGCCAUUUCCUCAAUGGGGCGACAAGAAGAAAAUUGUAGCCAUGGAUCCCUGGGGCCAUCUUACACCGUGGCAGUAUAAAGACGUUAUGGAAAAAGAAAACAUUGAUCUGCGACCCACCAUUGCUAUCACGAAAGCGCAUAUGAAGCUACCCGAAUUGGAAGACAGCGUGCGAGCCGGCAGACUUAUCCCCGAUGGAAAGGUUUGCUUGAACAAGCAAGGAGAAUUGGCCGUCACCAAAUUUGCGGUAGAACCUGUUUGGUAUCUUCCAGGUGUUGCUGAACGAUUCGGAAUAGAUGAGGCAACUCUGCGCCGUUCGCUGUUUGAGCACACUGGCGGUAGCUAUCCAGAGUUGAUCACUCGUGGCGAUAUCAAGGUGUUUCUCCCGCCAAUAGGAGGCCUCACCGUUUAUUGCUUUGGCGAUCCGAGCAAAAUGUCGGACGAGUCUGUUCGUCUGUCACUACGAAUCCAUGACGAGUGCAAUGGCAGCGACGUGUUCGGAUCCGAUAUCUGCACCUGCCGGCCAUACCUGAUCUUCGGUAUAGAAGAGGCAGUAAAGGAAGCUCAGAAUGGAGGUAGUGGUGUCGUCAUCUAUUUCAGAAAAGAGGGAAGAGCACUGGGCGAAGUGACAAAGUAUCUGGUCUACAACGCCCGCAAACGUGGAGCUGAUCGAGCAUCGGAUUACUUCACCCGAACCGAGAACAUUGCUGGAGUAAAAGACAUGAGAUUCCAGGCGCUCAUGCCCGACAUCCUCCACUGGCUUGGCAUCAAGAAAAUCGAUCGCAUGCUUAGCAUGAGCAAUCGCAGCAUGAAGCAUGAUGCCAUCGUUGGCCAAGGAAUUCCCAUUCACGAGAGAGUCGAGCUACCUGAAGAGCUGAUCCCUGCAGAUUCACGAGUAGAGAUUGAUGCCAAAAUUACAGCUGGAUACUUUACUGCGGGAACACGCUUGACGUCGGAGCAGCUCGAGUCUGUCCAGGGCAGGAUGUGGGAAGACAUCGAUCACUGA